AUGACCGACCGUCCAGGCCUCAAGCGUCGCCUACACAUUCUCAUCGCAUCUCUCAUCUCCCUCACCUUCAUCCUCAUUAUCGCGCGACUCGCUAUCCCCGGCACACCAGUGACUCGUGUCAAUGUCUGGGGCAUUGUAGUGUGCAUCAAAGCAGCCGUCUUCCUCACCUACCAAGUCCUGACAAUCUACAAAGACCGCUUCAAGCGAUGGGCCAGUCCCAAAGCCUACAUGGUCCUGGACAUCAUCGAUACUGUGUUUUGGUUUGCGUUGUUUAUCAUCAGUAUUCUUGGGGCGAGUGGGGGGAGUAGUGCUGGUAGUAAGGCGUUGGGUGCCAUCGUGGCUAUUCUGUCGUUGGUGUUGUGUGGUGUUGUAGGAUUCUUGUCAUUCCUAUGUGUGCAGGACUAUCGCCAUUUCAAGGUUCAUGGGGUCACUCUGGCGGCGACAAAGUCGGUUGGGGAUGAGGAGACCGUGUAG